AUAUAGUUUACAAUGGUGCAGAUCAAAUUCCUGUUUGCCCUCCUGGCCGUGAUGACAAUUGUUGUCCUGGAGGCCAACGUGGCGGAUGCAGAUGAUUGCCUAUCGGGAAGAUUCAGUGGACCCUGUUGGGCUUGGAGUGAUGAUCAGUGCCGUAGCCUCUGCAAGGACGAAGGACAUGUCAGUGGACAUUGUGGCGGCAUGAAGUGUUGGUGCGAAGACUGCUAA